CUCGGCCGGUCGCCCGUCCGGGGCGGGGCCCAGGGAGGCGGGGUCGCGGGCGCACCCGGGCCGAGCCGCGCCUGGAGCCGGGCGGGGAGGCGGCGGGAGGGGCCGGGACAGCCUGAUUGAGCGGCGGCCGCAGCUGCAGCAGGACUGCCCGGGGCCGCGCGCCGGGAACCUCGCGGGGCUGGCGGGCGCCGCACCCCCUCCCUGGCCGCCUGCGCCCCGGGGAGGCCGCCCGCGCGCGACGGGACCGGCAGCAUGAGCAGCGGCUACAGCAGCCUGGAGGAGGACGCCGAGGACUUCUUCUUCACCGCCAGGACCUCCUUCUUCAGGAGAGCGCCCCAGGGCAAGCCCCGCUCCGGCCAGCAAGAUGUUGAGAAAGACAAGGAAGCCCACAGUUACCUCAGCAAAGAGGAGAUCAAAGAGAAAGUUCAUAAAUACAACUUAGCAGUCACAGACAAGUUGAAGAUGACCUUGAAUUCAAAUGGGAUUUACACUGGCUUCAUUAAAGUACAGAUGGAACUCUGCAAAUCUCCACAGACUUCUCCAAAUUCUGGAAAACUCUCUCCCAGUGGCAAUGGCUGUAUGAAUACACUUCAUAUCAGCAGCACAAACACUGUCGGGGAAGUGAUCGAGGCCCUGCUCAAAAAGUUUCUCGUGACUGAGAGCCCUGCCAAGUUUGCACUUUAUAAGCGUUGUCACAGGGAAGACCAAGUCUACGCCUGCAAGCUCUCAGACCGGGAACAUCCACUCUACCUGCGUUUGGUAGCAGGGCCCAGAACAGACACACUUAGUUUUGUUCUUCGUGAACAUGAAAUUGGAGAGUGGGAAGCCUUCAGCCUUCCAGAACUACAGAAUUUCUUGCGCAUCUUGGACAAGGAAGAAGAUGAGCAGCUGCAGAAUCUGAAGAGGCGCUACACAGCCUACAGACACAAGCUGGAAGAAGCCCUCCGUGAGGUGUGGAAGCCUGAUUAAAGCGGGGCUCCCUGCCCGCGAGGCCCGGUGCAGGACCAAUGUACAAAACAGCAGCAAGUGCCUCUCUUGUCAGAGGGCUGCUGUCUUGCCCCACUAUGCUAGGGUCUUCCCCUUUCUAUCUGUAGAUUUUGUUCCCCAAACCUGGUCACACAGCAUCCUGCACCUUAGCGUCCCAUGUAAGGGAGUCUGCAAGCUUGUUGUUCAGCACCGCAGUGUUACCUCUUGGCAAGCUGUGAACCUGUCGCCUCAUCAGGAGCAUUCGAGGGUGCUUGGAAGCAUGAACUCUGGGGGUGUUUUUUUUUUGUUUUUUGUUUUUUUGGUUAUUUUAAUUAUGUGAUGAUGCUGUUAAGCUUAUGGAUAUGCAGUUGAUUUUUUAAAAAGCUUAACUAGGAAUCUUUCUGAAUACUUGUCCUAUUUUGAAACUACCUGUCUGGUUUUUUGUUUGGUUUUGUUUUCUUUUUUUAAUGUCAGAGGAAUCUAUCCAUGUGAAUCGAAAGGCACAGGAAUCUAGGAACUCUGAGGAAUUUAUUGUGAAGGAUUUUGUUAGGGGGUUGACAGAGAAAGGAAAGUGUAAGUUUGGAAGAAGGCAUGUGGGGUGGUGGUGAGCGCUGCGGGCUAUGGAAGGUGACUUGGCUUUUCAGUUAGGGGUAGUGGAGAAAGGGGUAGUUGCUUGUAAAUGAGUUAAAAGCAUUCAGUGUGGAGAGAUGUUAAACCCAUUUUAGGAUCGCUUGGUUUCCUGGUGGGUAGAAUGUGAGAACAGAGCCAGAGGCAGGAGCUAAACCAAAAGGAGAGACCCAUGAACUCUGCAGCCGACUGAUCAGAGAAUCAAGCAGGUGGAGCCUACCAACCUGGGCAGAGGUGGGCCUCAUGCUGCAGCUGGAUCCGACCCUCUAAUUCUGCCCUUUUGGAGUGGAAGGUCUGAUUGGUGUAGCUGCUCUGCAUAGGCAGGACAGUGACCGUUCACUAACUCUUGUUAAGUUACAUAGUGUAUAGCUUUACCCCACAGGUGGUUUUCAAAGUUGAGACGGAAUUCGGGUAGGGGCAGCUGUUUUUCCCUUGAUUGUUAGCUAGGAUAUUUAUCAAGUAAACUUUGGUGACAAUCACUCUCUUCCCUUUUAUUCCUCCUUUCCUUUUCCUUUCUUCCCUUCCCUUCUGUCUCCCACCCUACCUUGUUCCUUUCCUCCCUCCCUCCCUCCCUCCCUCCCUCUCCCUCUCCCUCCCUCCCUCCCUCCCUCCCUCCCUCUCCCUCUCCCUUUCUUUUCUACAUUGAAAUCUGUUCUUACAUAAUAUAGAACAGGGCUAUUGAAUAAAGACCCAAUCCUACCAGAUCUUUAGUUCUAAAGGGCAACUUGACUGUGAGUGUAGGAGGGCCCGCAAGAAAGGGAGGAAAGUCCACACCCAGCUAACCACACAACAGGGCUUCAUUAUGGAAAUAUUUUAACAAAAGUACAUGUUAUUACCAACCAAAGAAAUGCAUGUGCAAUAGAAGCCUUCCUUAAAACAGGCUAAAUAACCUCAUUUUAUGCAGCAGUUUAAUCUGAGAACAGAGGGAAAGGUGUGCAGUGGUUCCAGAGGGGCCUUAUAUUCUAUUUUUAGUCUAGAUAUUUUUUGUUUAUAAAUUCCCAAGGAAUUGUUAACACUUUGGUGACACCUAAUGGAUUCUUUUUGAAAUUCCAAGGUGCUUCAGUUCUUUGCCUAAGUGAACUGUGCCUUUUAUUGCAUUUCUGUUCCUCUCUUGGUGGUUCUUCUGACUUUUUGGAGAAUACCCAUCUUGUUGGAGGCAGACUUAAGUUGUUAUGCUGUGCCACACAAUUUACUGAGACAAUCGUAUCUUCCUAAGCAUUUAAGGAAAGUUGAAAAAAAUAGAAUUAGCAGUUAUAAAAUACGUAUGGCACAUCUUGUUUAAUUUUGCAUGUAACUUCUCUUUUGUACAUUGAUGAGGUUUUAGUGACAUUGUCAUCCAACACUUUACCUUUAUUGUUCAGGGAAUGCCUUCGUGAUUUUUUUACUGGUUUUACUAUUCAGACUAUGGUCUGGGUUUGAGUAUAUUGUUAUUACCACCUGGUUUUUUAAUUAUUCAUCCCAGUAAACUUAUAUUUUGUGAAGCAUUUGUUUCUCAGAUUAAGACACUGUUAGAACCUAAAGUAGUAGCUGAUGGGUAUCUGUGAAUUUUUUUUUUUUUUUUUUUUUUACUUGAAGUAGAUUGUCUGAAUAGGCAUCCUCAUCUGUAUUAUCCAGAACCUCGCUCACUGUCAUGUGCACUACAAAUUGCAAUUUGGAAACUUACUGUAUUGAAAUUCUGUCAGUUCAUGGUUCUUGAAGACUGAUGUCCUUUCCCAAACACUGGUUACUGCAGCAGCAUUUUUAAUGUGUAAGUGAAGAAAAAAGGCCACUAAGGCCAAAGAUUUUUUAAGAAUCAUUGUACAAUUCAUUAUGUUAAACUAUCUAAGCUUUGCUGUAAUACUGUUUUCUCUUCAAUAUGUGAUGGUACAGGAAAGAUGUUAAAUGAAGGGGUAGUAUUGCAGGAGAGCAUUUUAAAUGGCAGAAGUAAAAAGUUAUAAUAUUUAUAAUUUUGAUGGGUUUAAGUUUAUUUUUGUAGGGAAGAUUUUUCUCCCCUAAAAUAGUUUCUAGAAUGGCAAAAUUGUUUCCAUUAUUAAAAAUUGAAGUUAUUA